CAGCAGUGAUGCUUAUCGGCGGAACCUCCAGCAAGGCCAGCGAUCCGGCUGGUAGGUCCGCUCGCAGCUUCAGUCCGAGUUUGGAUCGCGAACCGAAAAGACGUCGAGCUGUGCUACGGGAAUUAGACGCGUUGGCGAUAAAGCAGGAAAAGCGGCGGCAUUUUUUGAAACAUAUCAGAUAAUACACAGUGGCGUUUUGUAUAUAUAAUAUAUAUAUAUAUAUACAUAUAUAGUUUUAUAUUAACAUAUAUAAAUACUGCCUAACGUUACGGCCGAGAUACUGUGGCCGGGCAGAGUGAACCGUCGGAAAACCGGAAAACUGUGAGAAAACGCGUACCUCGACCUCGGAAGGAAGCAGCAGGCCAUGAGGCGACUCAAGUGCUCCGUGUUCGUGUAUCUCUUCCUGAUCUUCGACGCCGGCCAUGCAUUCAGCAUCAUUGGCCACCACAAACAGAUGCUCUACGAGUACGUGGGCAACAUCCUCGUGGGCGCCAAGGCCCUGGACGAGGGUCACCCGGCGCCGCCCACCACCGGAUGGACAGUGCGGGGCAAGCUGACGCUCCAGCGGCAGAGCGAACUGGUCAUGGCUGCGGCGCUGGUCAUCGACGACGUAACGCUGAACAACUCCGGCGAGAAGUUCCUCCAGAACAAGGAGAUGUACCCGCCCUACAAGCCCUUCAAGAUCGCCCUCACCCCGGACGGCGCCAUCACGCAUGUGGUCUUCAAGGAGGGCGAUCCCAUAUGGAGCAUGAACUUCAAGCGGGCCAUCGCCUCGGUACUGCAGUUCCAGAUGAAGUCCAGCGGGGCCUUCGUCGUGGAUGAGCUGGGUAUCCACGGCACCUGCCGCACGGAGUACUUCGUGUCCAACCGGACCAACUACAUCUCCAUCCGCAAGACGCCGGAGCUGAAGACCUGCAAGCCCUACUCGGAGGCGGUGCACAUCACCCGGAGCAACGUGCCGCCGAACACGUGUGAGUUCGACCACCAGAAGAGUGUGAUCAUCGGCAACGAGGCCAUUUACGGAAUGCUACCGCACAACGAGACGGGCUACUUCCUGAGCAUGGCCCACGCCAAGGGCACCACCCUGAUCCACACGUUCGAGUCCACGGGGGAGGCGCAGUUCAUCAACUCGGAGCUUAUGCUGAACUUCAUCAACGAGUCGCCCAUCGACAACGCCAUCGACAUUGAGACCUCAAUGGCGGCCGAACCGUCCAACCUGGAGCUUCAGCCGCUGGAUCCAAACGAUCCGACUGGCGGACGAAAUCCCCAGCAGCAGGAGACGCUGAUUGCCCAGGCGGGCACACUCCUGGACAGCUUGGCCGAGGGCCUCGAGACCACGGAGUUUAAGUUCUCCGAACCCUAUGACUCCACGCUUUCCGAUGUGAUCAAGCUCCUCAGCGAGAUGGACUUCGAUUCGCUGACAAAACUCUACCGCGAGGUGGACAUCGGCACCUCGUACCGCCAGGAGACCAUACGCAACAUCUUCCACGAAAUCAUUCCCCGCAUUGGCACCAAAGCCUCCGUGUUCCUCACCCAUCAUCUGGUGAUAAACAAGUUGACCAAGCCGCAAGUUGCCGUGCAACUGCUCAUACCCAUGCCCUUCCACAUCUUUGAGCUCUCGGCUGAACUGCUGGAAAAGUGCAAUGACUUCUUUAACAUCGGACCUGGUCGCCCAGAUGUGCGGCAGGCGGCGAUUCUAAGCUUUGCUACGCUCAUCCACAAUGUCUAUGUGGCCAAGGGCAUUGACAAGGACAAGUUCGAGGAAUAUGUGCAGAAGUACUUUAACGCCUAUCUAAGCGACCGCGACUUCGACCAGAAGAUGCUAUACUUGCAGGGCCUGAACAACUUGCAGCUGGGAAACGUGGCCAACUAUCUGGAGCCCAUCGUUCAGGAUCCCAACGAGAACGAGGACCUUAAGUUCCAGGCUGCCUGGACCACUCUGGCCCUGUCAGAUAAGCGUGCGGAGCGCAUCUACGAGGUCUACUGGCCGAUCUUCGAGUCGCGCAACGCCAGCCUGGAGCUGCGAGUGGCCGCGGUUACGCUGCUCUUGAUAUCGAACCCCACGGCUGCCCGCCUGAUCAGCAUCCAUCGCAUCAUCCAGAGCGAAACGGACCCGCAUAUGAUCAACUACUACAGGACGACGGUGACGAGCAUUUCGGAGACCACGUAUCCCUGCUACCAGCACCUACGCCGUCUGCUGUCCUAUAUGCAUCGCCAUCUGCCCCAGAAGCCGGAGUCACGCUACUGGGUCACUGGCAACUACAUCUUCGACUAUCGCGACUCCAAGUUCGGAAUCGGAGCCAUGCUGCAGGUCUUCCUUGUGGGCGAUCCCAAGUCGGACAUGCCAGUGGUGGCCUUCUUCAAGUUCGACACCGAGGCUCUGGGAAAGUUCACGGGUCAACUGGCGCUGUACAUCAAGGCGCGUGGCCUGCCAGACACCAUCCUGAACAAGAUGCAAUCGCGCAAUGGCAGCGAUCCGUUCACCUUCAAGAGCAUCAAGGCGCUGUUGGCCAUGCUGCAGGCUCCGAUCAUCAGCUCGAAGGACCUGCACCUGGAGUUCAUUCUGCAGAUGGAGGGCAAGACGGUGCUGUCCUACUACCUCAACCAGCGGAUGUUCCGGCAGCUGACCUACGACAACAUUCUGGAGCGAAUGCAGCAGAUUAUCCGGACGGACAGCCACAUCAACAUGCAAACGGUGCGCUGGCCGUUCAUGAACCGCUACUCCGUGCCCACCGUGCUGGGCACCUCCUCCGACGUGCUGCUGCAGACCACCGUGCUGACCUCGCUGCGGGGCAACAUUACGGAGCAGCGCAGUCCGCCGAUAACGAAGCACACGCUGGAGAUCGACGCCCGGUACUCGUCGUACGCCUCGGUGCGCAGCCGCAGCUACAAUCCGUUCCUGAACCUGGACCACGAGAUCAACCGGGAGCAGGGCUUCCUCAUCUACAUCCCCUUCAGCAGCGAGCUGCAUCUGAACGAGAGCGGCAGCAAGUGCCGGCGCUACUCCUUCUCCCGGCCCCAGAACCUGACCAGUGGCCUGUCCUUCAAGUCGCGGGCGGUGACCAAGACCAGGGGACUGAUCACCAAGACGGCCACGGUGCCCUUCGAGGAGAUCAUGCUGCCCGAGAGUCGAAACGACGUGGUCCAACUCUUUAGCUACACAAUGCCGGAUCUGGGCGUACGUCUGGGCAUGAGCACGAAUCUUCACGAGCUUAUCAAGUACAGAGGGAUGCUGCUCAAGUCCGAGUUCACAGAAAAUGGCUUUUCCGGCAACAUGGUGGUUAGCGCCCUAAUGUAUAUAUUCGGAUUCACCCAGCUUAGCUCAAUUCACCUGGGCCACGAUCGAAACUUUACCAUGCUGAUGUACAACGAAAAGGCCACGAGAAUUGAGGGCAACUUUUGUGCCGAGGAUGUGUUGAAGACUUCAGAUCUGAAGGGCAAGCAAAUUGGUCUAACGCUGGAGCACACAGAUCACUUGGAUGCUGGGGAUGGGACACACCAGGUGGACGCUCUCCAUCGGUGGAACAUCACCCUAGAUGUGCAGGCUUCGACCAAGUCCAACUGGUUCAAGUUAAUUGGUCAAAUUCAGCGCAAUUCUAAGGAUGACGAGGAGGACUGGAAGGCCUGCACCAAGUUGACCUAUGAACCGUUGGUGUUCACCAAACGACCCCACACCCUGAACGGCAAUGUGGUAUUCGGCCUGGCCACGGAGGAGAGCGACUGCCCGGAGAAGGGCUCUACGGUGCAGUUUGCAGCCAGAGCUGGUCCCUCGGAGCACGCCCGUGCCUUCCUGCGCUCCGACAAGAUCUCGCUGACGGACACCGACUUGUGUCCCAAGGAAGUGCUCAAGUUCUCGCCCAUUCCCACGUCCAAGUAUUGCAAGCGCAGCAACUUUGAGAAUUUCACAUCGAUCACACAGUAUGACAUGGACCUGAAGUUCAAUAACAUGCCCGCCUGGUUCGAGCUGUGGUCCAACCGACUGGACCACCUGGUCUCCGCCUUGUCCGCCGACAAGGUGGACAGUCUGCAUAUGAGCCAGGAGAUCAACAUCUCCAUGCACACACCGCAGGACCAAUUCAGGCUGGCGGUGGAAGUGAACGGAGCCAAGUGGCGCUUCCACCAGAUCCCCUUCUUGUACAAACUGGACUCCAAGUUCGACGCCUCCCACGAGCUUAGCUAUGAUGCGGGCCUCAAACGAUCCUGCUCGGUAAUCAAUGGCAUGAUCAACACCUUCGACGACUACUUAAUCAAUCUCAGAGAGAUGGCGGUGCGUGCCGAUUGCCUCACCCUCCUGGUGGCCGACUGUUCGCCGCUGCCGCAGAUGGCCGUCUUUGUUACGCCAUCGCCUGUCCAAGGAGAAGGCAGCAACUACGGAUUACGCGUCCAUAUCGGGCAGAACUACUUCAACUUCCACUCCCGCACGGACAACAGAAGCCAGCCUGCGGACGAGCCGGUGUUUAUAUAUCUAAACCAGGACCAGGUGCCGCACGAUGUGCGCCAGAAGCCGUAUCAGUGGCCCCUCGAGACUAGCGACUACGAUUUCCGUGUGGAGCUGAACGAGCAAAACAUUCUUAUUGUGGAGUGCACACAGCUGGUUUCCACCAUCCAAUUCGACCUGUACAACAUCCUAAACUUCGAGAUCUACGGCGUGUAUAAGCACCAGAUGUGUGGUCUGUGCAGCAAGCCUCUCAAUCUCAUGCAGAACUAUACGAUUUGCGAGGCGGAAGCCAGCACUCCAACGCCCGCUCCCUUGCAGAAUUCCUCCAAUGUAGUUGUAGUCGCAUAAGCAUAAUGUGUGAGUUUAAUCUAAAAUAAAAAAGAAAUGGAGCCCAGCAGAGGGAGAACAUGCAAAUCCCAGGGCUUGUACAA